CUAAUUCGUCUCUUGUCACUUGCUUUUUUUUUUUUCUUUUUUUACCUUGGCUACGCUCUCUCGUUGUGUGAAAGCCUUCCUCUCGUUAGCAGCACAAAGCAAAACCCAACACACACGCGCGCCCGCUCGUUACAUUUUUACUAUACAACACUGUUUUUUGUUGUCAAUAUGCGCUCUGUUCAGUCUCUCGCUCUGGGCCUGUCCCUCAUCUCGACCGCAGCAGCCCAGACCUCGACCUCAUGUAACCCCACGGAGAAGACAUGUCCCUCAGAUGCAGGUCUUGAUCAGACCUCGUACACUGUGGACUUCACGCAGGGAGCCAGCAGUGACUGGAACAUGACCUACGGGACGGCCACCUACAAUUCCACCGACGGAGCUGCCUUUACUAUCACGGAGGAGGGUGAUGCCCCUACGAUGCAGAGUAACUUCUACAUCUUUUUCGGAGAGAUCUCGGUCCUCAUGAAGACAGCACCAGGGACGGGCAUCGUGAGCACGGCCAUCCUGGAGUCAGACGACCUGGACGAGGUCGACUGGGAGUUCCUGGGCGGCGAGGCGACCAACGUGCAGACCAACUACUUUGGCAAGGGUAACACGACGACGUACGACCGCGAGCAGGACGUGACCAUCUCGGACUCGCAGACCGAAUUCCACAACUACACCCUCGUGUGGACCGAGGAGACGCUCACCUGGCUCGUGGACGGCGAGUCGGUGCGCACCCUCGCCUACGCCGACGCCGUCGACGGCACGAACUACCCGCAGACUCCCAUGCGCGUCAAGCUGGGCAUCUGGGCGGGUGGUGACCCCAACAACUCCGAGGGCACCAUCGAGUGGGCUGGUGGCGAGACAGAUUACACCCAGGGCCCCUUCACCGCCUACGUCAAGAGCGUCAGCAUCGUCAACUACAACCCUGCCGAGUCUUACACCUACGGUGACCUGAGUGGCUCCUACGAGAGCAUCGAGCUGAGCGGUGCCAACGCCACCGGCGCUACUGUCACCACCAGCUCGUCCAACGAGACGACGACUGCCGCUACCAACACCACGGGAACUUCCUCCUCUACUAGCUCCGGGGCCGUCUUUGCGUCUGGCUCCGCGUCUGCCUCCAACGCCACUGCGUCGUCAUCCUCAUCCACCUCGUCGUCGUCCUCGAGCAGCUCCAGUGUCGUGACUGGCGGCGCUUCUGCGUGGGUGGUGCCCAACAUUGCCAUGCUGGGUGCCAUGAGCCUUGUCUGGAUGCUCAUCUAGACUCUUGUCCUCGAGGAUGGCGAUGAUGAGGAUGUAUGAAGAGAGGUUUAGAUGAUUACUUUACAUGAGGUGUCUGGUACAUGUCAAUCCUGAUGCGAAUCACGGAUGAUGAGAUUUUAUUCGGUUUCUAUUUCUUUUUUCUCUCUAAACAGCUGUGCUCGCGCUCGGCGUUUUUGAGUGCUUAGGCUGGGGGCAAAUAUUUAUUCCUAAAGCAUCU